AUGUCAGACGACUGACAGCAUUUCGUUGCUGAUCAGUAUGCAGUUAAUUGAUCCACAGUUUUAUCUAUGGAUGCAAGGAAAGGAACAUUUAAAUUGAUUACACAAUACACAUGUAUUGUAAAAACUAUAACAAUGGAUACUGCCGAAAAUACGGAAAAUGUAAUUAUUUUAUCACCUGAUGAUUUCCAAAAUAUAUGUCGUACUUGUUUAUCACAAGCCCAGUUGGAAUCAAUUUAUUUUGAUGAUACAGAAUUUUCGGUUGUUAAUAUGCUAAUGGCAAUUGCAGAUGUAGAAAUUUCAGACACAGAUAAUUUACCAUCAAAAAUAUGUACAUCAUGUAUAAAAACAUUAAAUUUAGCUUUCCGUUUCAAAAAACAGUGUGAGGAAGCCGAAUAUAAAUUAAAAGAAUUUUUAAACACGUAUAAAAUUUUAAAUCGAUCUACUGAUGAUGUAGAACAUGUCGAAGUUAUAUCAUCCGUUAAAGAAGAAGAAACAUUUGCUAACUACUUACACGUCGAUCAUUUUGAAAGUACCAAUGAUUUAAUAUUUCCCCAGUUAACUGAUACGGAUGUUAUAGUUGAAAGCUUUGUUGGUAUUUAUGAGGACGAAAAAGAUGAAAAUUCAUGUCAGAAAAUCGUUGAAGAGUGUGAAGAUAUUCAAACAAGCAAUGAAACUCAUAAACAAAAUGAAGAAAAAGCGGAAGAAAAGCAUAUUCGAAUGAAAGAAUGUUCGGUUUGUAAAAAAUUAAUAAAUGCAAAGCAUUUAAAAGAACAUAUGCAAGGUGUACAUUCAAUAGAGAAAUCUUUACAGUGUAAAGAAUGUGACAAAAAAUUUUCGUUUCGGUCAAAUUUUAUACGACAUGUACAAUUACAUGCCGGCGUUCGAAAAAAUGUAGAAAAACCAAUUGUAUUCAAAACAUGUCCUACUUGUGGAAAAUUAAUUAAAUCAGAUCGUUUAGCUUACCACAUAAAACUACAUUCAACAAAAAAAUUUCAGUGUGAAUUAUGUCACUAUACGUUUUCAAUUCGUUCAAAUUACUUCCGGCAUUUAAAAAUACAUAAUGGUGAAAAACCCAACGUAUGUCAAAUUUGUGGUAAAGGAUUUAUACAAACUCAUUCGCUGAAAGAACACAUGCGUGUACAUACUCAAGAAAGACCGUACAAGUGCAAUUUAUGUGAAAAAACAUUUAUCCAGAAAACUCCAUUAAAUAAGCAUCUAAAAAAAGUGCACGAUUUCAAAAUUUCUAUCGAAAAUCAUAAGCAAUUUACAUGCCAUGUGUGUAACGAAAUUUUUACGUCUAGUAAAGCAUUAAACGGACAUUCUAGAGUGCACAUUCCUAAACCGUUUCAUUGCGAUAAAUGUGAGAAACUAUUUACAACUCAAACAACUUUAAACGAGCAUAACUGUGCUCCUAAUGGAUCGGUUAAUGGUAUCGGACAAAUAAAUUCAGGUGAAUUUAUUUGUGAAGUUUGUGGUAAAAGAUAUCCAUAUAAAUCUUCGUUAUCUCUCCAUAAAAGUCAUCAUCAUUCGAAUGAAUCACAUUUAUGCAAUUUUUGUGGUAAAAAUUGUGUUACAAGUGCAAGACUUAAAGAACACUUAAAAGUUCAUUCCGAGGAAAGGCCAUUUACGUGUGAAUUUUGUACCAAAACAUUCAAAACAAAAGCAGUAUUAAAAAUUCAUCUUGUUCAACAUACGGGAGAACGGAAAUUUUCUUGCUCGCAAUGUGAUAAAACAUUUAAUCAGGGUACACACUUAAGGCAACAUAUGCGUGUGCAUACAGGAGAAAGGCCUUACAAUUGCAUAAUUUGUAAUAAAAGUUUUGCUAAUAAAAUUAAUUAUAUUGUGCAUACGAGAAUACAUUCAGGCGAGAGGCCAUACGUAUGUAAAAUUUGUAAUAAGGGUUUUCAUCAUUCAACGGCAAGAAAAAAACACGAAAGAACUCAUAGGAAUGAAAACGAGAUACAAUGAAUCAUUUUUUAUACAAUUCGUUCCGUGAUCUUAAAAUGAACAUUGGAUGAAUAUUGAAAAAAAAAAAACUAUAUAUCGUGACACCCAUAAAAAAAUCGGUAUAUGGCCUACGGAUGUUGAAAUAAUAUUCAAAGGACCGGAAAAGGAAACUUAUGCAAUAUGGGGAUACCUAAGAGAUAAAAGAUAAUUCUUUUUUUACGAAAACAAAGUGUUUGUGGGUCGAGAAAGCAAGGUUGCCAAUAUACCAAAUUUUGAUCAGGCUACAGGAUUUCCGUUAAUUAGUAGUAUGUACUGUAGCACUAGAAAACUGGAUACUUUUAAAAAAUAAG